AUGUUAAAGGAUUUGUGUGUUCCUGCUCUCUCAGACUACGUGGAGUUUUCUCCAGUCUUCCUACGAUACUUCAUCUCAGGCGGUAACUUUCACACCCUGGCUGAACUCGGAGUUUGCGACCCAGGUUCCGUUCACCCUGCAGUCCCUGCCUACUGUCCUGACCUAAGCUUGCUCCAGAGGGGCUACUCCCUCAGCGCAGGGUCAGACCCUAAUGCAGAUUCUGACCCAGAGGGGCCCCUGUCCCCAGAGAGAGCCAUCCAGCUGUGGGGAGGAGGACCAGGAGGAGGACCAGGAGGAGGAACAGGAGGAGGGGUGAAGAGCAGACACAGCUCAGGACUGUCCAGCAGAGAAAACUCAGUGCUCACACUCACUGACUCAGACAACGACUACAAGUCUGACCACGAAUCAGCAUACCUGGAGGAUGAUGAGGAUGAAGACCCAUACAGUGACUGUAUGAUCAGAGCUCCUAACCACCUUAGUGGUUCCACCCUGCGACCCCCCCUGCCUCCCCCUCACAACCACCAGACCCUUUCCCACCACCACCACCACUCCUCAGCCAACAGCCUGAACAGGAACACCCUAAGAGGGGGUAGGAACACCAUCCACGCCCCCCCUCCGGUACCAGGGGAUGGGCCCACCUCACCAGAGUCUGUACAGCUACAGGACAGCUGGGUACUGAAUAGUAACGUUCCACUGGAAACCAGGCACUUCCUGUUUAAGACAUCGUCAGGGACAACCCCUCUCUUUAGUAGCUCCUCCCCUGGUUACCCUCUGACCUCUGGGACGGUCUACUCUCCGCCCCCUCGCCUAUUACCCAGAAACACCUUCUCCCGCUCUGCCUUCAAGCUCAACAAGCCGUCCAAGUACUGCAGCUGGAAAUGUGCUGCCGUGUCGGCCAUUACUACUGCCAGCCUGCUGGCUAUACUACUGUCUUACUUUAUAGCCAUUAACCUGUUGGGUCUGACGUGGUACCUGCAGUCCUCUGAAGGCCCUGUGUUGAACAACGGUCUGAGUACUGCAGGUCUAGCUGUCAACAGUGAUGUGGCCACACUGCCCUCUGGAGGCAGAGCUCCUUGGCCAGGUCCUAACAGCAGUAUAGACAGUGGGGAUGUGGAGGUGGGGAGGAGGGUGAGUCAGGAGAUUCCUCCUGGGAUGUUCUGGAGGUCUCUGCUUCACCUGGCCCAGCCACAGUUCCUCAAGUUCAACAUCUCCCUGGGGAAAGAUGCUCUGUUCGGGGUCUACAUCCGCAAGGGCCUGCCCCCCUCACACGCACAAUAUGACUACAUGGAGCGCUUGGACGGUAAAGAGAAGUGGAGUGUUGUGGAGUCUCCUCGAGAACGCCGCAGCAUCCAGACUGUGGUUCUAAACGAAGCAGUGUUUGUUCAGUACCUGGACCCAGGAGCAUGGCAUCUAGCCUUCUACAAUGACGGACGAGAAAGAGAGACCGUCUCCUUCAACACUGCUGUAAUGGACUCGGUACAGGAGUGUCCCCAUAAUUGUCAUGGCAACGGAGAGUGUGUGUCUGGUGUGUGUCACUGCUUUCCUGGGUUCCAUGGCAUGGACUGCUCCAAAGAGGCAUGUCCAGUUCUCUGUAGUGGUAAUGGUCAGUAUGAUAAGGGAUCCUGUAUCUGCUACAGUGGAUGGAAAGGAGCAGAGUGUGCCGUCCCCACCACCCACUGCAUUGACCCUCUCUGUAGUGGACAUGGGACCUGCACUGGCGGGACCUGUGUCUGCUCCCUGGGGUACAAGGGAGACAACUGUGCCAAAGUGGACUGCCUGGACCCGACCUGUUCUAAUAACGGUGUCUGUGUGAACGGGGAGUGCCACUGUAAACCCGGCUGGGGCGGCCCACACUGUGAGCUGCAGCGGGCACAGUGCCCGGACCAAUGCCAUGGCCACGGUGCAUUUAUACCAGACACUGGUCUCUGUAGCUGUGACCCCAACUGGAUGGGACCAGACUGCUCUGUAGAGGUGUGUUCUGUGGACUGCGGGACCCACGGUGUGUGUUUGGGCGCAGCGUGUCAGUGUGAGGAGGGCUGGACGGGCACCGGGUGUGACCAGCGAGUGUGUAACCCACUGUGUAUCAAACAUGGAACCUGCAAAGACGGCAAGUGCCAGUGUCACCAGGGCUGGAAUGGAGAACACUGCACCAUCGACAUGUGGGACUUGGUUGACAAAGAUAGCUGUCCUAACCUGUGUAAUGGUAAUGGCCAGUGUACCAUGAGGGAGCAGAGUUGGCAUUGUGAAUGCCAGACGGGCUGGAGGGGUGGAGGAUGCAGCGUUGCCAUGGAGACCUCCUGUGCCGACAACACAGACAAUGAAGGAGAUGGUCUGACUGACUGUAUGGAUCCAGAUUGUUGUAUCCAGAGCCCUUGUCAAAACAGCCCUCUGUGUCGGGGAUCCAGAGACCCCCUCCAGGUGAUCCAGCAGAGCCCCCUGUCUCUGUCCCAACCCUGGGUAGGAUCCUUCUAUGACAGGGUCAAGAUGUUAGUUGGACGAGACAGCACACAUCUCAUACCUGGGGAAAACCCAUUCAACGCCAGCUUGGCGUCUCUGAUCCGAGGUCAGGUGUUAACUACAGAUGGUACUCCCCUGGUGGGAGUCAAUGUUUCCUUCAUCAAUUACCCACACUAUGGAUACACACUCACACGCCAGGAUGGAACGUUUGACCUGCUCGCAAAUGGCGGUGGCUCGUUGACCCUGAGGUUUGAGCGUGCUCCGUUCAUCACGCAAGACCGCACGGUCUGGUUACCAUGGGGUCGUUUUUACGCAAUGGAUACUCUGGCGAUGAAGACUGAGGAGAACACCAUCCCAGGAUGUGACCUCAGUGGCUUCCUCCGACCUGACCCUGUGGUCAUCGCCUCACCCCUGUCAUCGCUGUUCUCCUCUAGACCCAGGGACAAGCCCAUCAUACCUGAGACACAGGUGCUCCAUGAGAUGAUAGAUGUUCCAGGGACCAGUCUGAAGCUGUGCUACCUGAGCUCAAGGACGUCAGGCUACCGCAGCCUGCUGAAGGUGACCAUGACCCCAGCCAUGGUUUCACUGGGCCUGCUCAAAGUCCACCUGAUGGUGGCUGUGGAGGGACAUCUCUUCCAGAAGUGGUUUCACGCCUCGCCCAACCUGGCCUACACCUACAUUUGGGAUAAAACAGAUGCCUAUGGACAGAGAGUCUACGGGCUGUCGGAAGCUGUCGUGUCGGUGGGGUAUGAGUAUGAGUCGUGUGCCAGUCUGAUCCAAUGGGAGAAGAAGACAGCAGUACUACAGGGCUUUGAACUGGACCCUUCUAAUCUGGGAGGCUGGUCUCUGGAUAAACACCAUAUCCUCAACACACGCAGCAGUAUCCUCCAUAAGGGUAGUGGUGAGAACGUGUUUGUGUCACAGCAGCCCCCUGUGAUCAGCAGUGUAAUGGGGAACGGCCGGCGACGCUCUAUCUCCUGCCCCAGCUGUAACGGCCUCGCCGACAGCAACAAGCUACUGGCGCCCGUAGCCCUGGCAACAGGCAUCGAUGGGAGCCUCUACGUGGGAGACCUGAACUUCAUACGCAGGGUCUACCCCUCGCUCAAUACCACGGGUAUACUGGAACUGAGGAACAAAGAUUUCAGACACAGUAACAACCCCACUCAUAAGUACUUCCUGGCCAUUGACCCGGUAACGGGGGCGUUGUUUAUCUCGGAUACCAAUUCGCGGCAUAUCUACCGUGUGCGCUCUCUGACGGGCGGGCGGCUACUGUCGGACAGCGCAGAGGUGGUUGCUGGGACGGGAGAGCAGUGUCUGCCCUUCGACGAGCGCUGUGGGGAUGGAGGCAAAGCUACUGAGGCAACACUGAUGAGCCCCAAAGGUAUUGCUGUGGAUCAGAAUGGUCUGGUGUAUUUUGUAGACGCCACUAUGAUCCGUAAGGUUGACCAAAACGGGAUCAUCUCCACUCUACUUGGCGCCAACGACCUGACCGCAGUACGACCACUCAGCUGUGACGCUAGCAUGGACGUCAGCCAGGUGCGUCUGGAGUGGCCCACAGACCUGGCAGUAAACCCCAUGGAUAACUCUCUGUACGUCCUGGAGAACAACGUCAUCCUGCGCAUCACUGAGAACCACCAAGUGAGCAUCAUAGCAGGGCGGCCCAUGCAUUGUCAGGUUCCAGGUAUAGACUACAGCCUGAGUAAGCUUGCCAUCCAUGCUGCGUUGGAGAGCGCGACAGCCAUCGCCCUGUCUCACACCGGAGUUCUCUACAUCGCUGAGACGGACGAGAAGAAAAUCAACCGCGUCAGACAGGUGUCCACUAACGGUGAGAUCUCUCUGCUAGCCGGCACCUCGUCGGACUGCGACUGCAAGAAUGACGUUAACUGCAACUGUUUCCAUGGCGAUGACGGCUACGCGCCCGAUGCCGGCCUCAACUGCCCCGCCUCGCUCGCCGUCUCACCCGACGGAACACUCUUCAUCGCCGAUCUUAACAACAUACGCAUCAGAGCCGUGCGAGCCAAUCGGCCCGGGCCAUCCGCCUCAGGAUCAGGAUCGAUGAUGGGACAAUACGAAGUUGCGUCUCCACGGGAACAGGAGCUAUAUGUGUUCAAUGGUGACGGUCAACAUCUACAGACCGUGAGUCUGGUCACGGGAGAACCAUUAUAUAACUUCACCUACGGGCCGGACAGAGAGCUAGCCACGGUAGUGGACAACUGCAACAACACUGUCAGGGUGAGAAGGGAGGGUCUGGGCCAGGGGGGGAGUUCUGGCCUACUCAGACUGGUGUUACUGCCAGAGAACCAGGUGGUGACCCUGGGUUUGGACCCUGCUGGGGGACUGAAGAGUGUCUCAGCCCAGGGACAGGAGGUGGCCCUACUGGGGUACUCUGGGAGUACAGGACUACUGGCCACCAAGGCUGACGAGACCGGAUGGACCACCUUCUACCAGUAUGACAGUGAGGGUCGUCUGACCAACGUAACCUAUCCUACUGGCAUGGUGACCAGUCUGCACCGGGAGAUAGAACGUUCCAUCAACAUUGACAUAGAGAGCUCCAGCAGAGACGAUGACGUCACCGUUAUCACCAACCUGUCCUCUGUGGAGGCCUCAUACACCGUGGUGCAAGACCAGGUGAGGAACAGCUACCAGCUGUGUAACAACGGCACCCUGCGGGUGAUGUAUGCCAAUGGGAUGGGCAUCAGCUUCCACACUGAGCCCCACAUCCUGGCCGGAUCGGUUAGUCCUACUAUUGGCCGUAGGAACAUCACACUACCCACAGACAACGGACUCAACUCCAUUGAGUGGCGGCUCCGCAAGGAACAGACCAAAGGGAAGGUCACUGUAUUUGGCAGGAAGCUGAGGGCACAUGGUCGUAACCUCCUCUCCAUCGACUUUGACCGCAACACUCGGACAGAGAAGAUCUACGAUGACCACCGCAAGUUCACGCUCCGCAUCAUGUACGACACGCAGGGCCGUCCCGCCAUGUGGUUGCCUAGCAGCAGCCUGGCGGUGGUGAAUGUGUCAUACUCAACCACGGGUCAGCUGGUGGGGCUGCAGAGGGGCAGUAUGAGCGAGAGGACAGAGUUUGACCCUCAGGGACGUAUUCUGUCACGGUCAUUCAUAGAUGGAAAGGUGUGGAGCUAUAGUUAUCUGGAUAAGUCCAUGGUCCUUCUCCUGCAGAGCCAGAGACAGUACAUAUUUGAGUUUGACGCCUCGGGGCGAGUCACAGCCGUCACCAUGCCUAGUGUAGCUCGCCACACCAUGUCCACCCACGUCUCUAUCGGUUACAUCCGCAACACCUACAACCCUCCGGAGAGCAACGCCUCCAUCAUCCACGACUUCAGCGAAGACGGCCGCCCCCAGGCCACCCACUACUUCGGCACCGGCCGACGUGUCCUCUACAAGUACGGCAAGCUGGUCAAGCUAGCUGAGAUCCUCUACGACAGCACCGUGGUGACGUUCGGUUACGACGAGACAGCUGGAGUGCUGAAGAUGGUGAACUUACAGAGCGGCGGGUUCUCCUGUACGAUACGUUACCGUAAGAUGGGUCCGUUGAUUGACAAGCAGAUCUACCGGUUCAGUGAGGAAGGGAUGGUGAAUGCUAGGUUUGACUACACUUACCAUGACAACAGCUUCCGUAUCGCUAGUAUGAAGCCAGUCAUCAGUGAGACUCCUCUGCCUGUGGACCUCUACCGCUAUGACGAGAUCUCUGGAAAGGUGGAACACUUUGGGAAGUUUGGUGUGAUCUACUAUGACAUCAACCAGAUCAUAACCACGGCUGUGAUGACCCUCAGCAAGCACUUCGACACCCACGGGCGCAUCAAGGAGGUGCAGUACGAGAUCUUCAGGUCCCUGAUGUACUGGAUGACGGUGCAGUACGACAGUAUGGGUCGGGUGGUGAAGCGAGAGCUGAAGAUUGGACCAUACGCCAACACAACACAGUAUCGCUAUGAGUAUGACGGGGACGGACAGCUCAGCGGGGUGAAGGUGAACGACUGGUCCACGUGGCGCUACAGCUACGACCUGAACGGUAACCUGCACCUCCUCAACCCCGGGAACAGCGCCCGCCUCACGCCGCUCCGCUACGACCUCCGAGACCGCAUCACACGCCUGGGUGACGUUCAGUACCGCCUGGAUGAGGACGGCUUCCUAAGCCAGCGAGGCUCGGAUGUCUUUGACUACAACUCCAAGGGCCAGCUCCUUAGAGCAUAUAACAAGCUACCGGGAGGCUGGAGCGUCCAGUACCGCUAUGACGGACUGGGCAGGAGAGUGUCCACUCGGACCAGUCUGGGACAACACCUCCAGUUCUUCUACGCUGAUCUGAACCACCCGGCAAGAGUUACACAUAUAUUCAACCACUCCAGCUCAGAUAUUGCUUCACUGUACUAUGACUUGCAGGGUCAUCUGUUUGCUAUGGAGGUGAGUAGUGGAGAGGAGUAUUACAUCGCCUCAGACAACACCGGAACACCACUGGCUGUCUUCAGCAGCAACGGACAGAUGAUCAAACAGGUACAGUACACAGCGUACGGGGAGGUGUACCUGGACUCUAACCCAGAGUUCCAGCUGGUGGUUGGGUUCCAUGGUGGUCUCUAUGACACCCUGACCAAGCUGGUCCACUUCACCCAGAGGGACUAUGACGUCCUGGCAGGUCGCUGGACCUCGCCAGACUAUGCCAGCUGGCCCAAGAUCGGCAAGGACCCUGCACCCUUCAACCUGUAUAUGUUCAAAAACAAUAACCCCCUCAGCGACGUGUUGGACAUCAAGAACUACGUCACAGACGUGAAGAGUUGGUUGGUGAUGUUUGGUUUCCAGCUCAGUAACAUCAUUCCAGGGUUCCCCCGUCACACCCUCUACUUCGUAGAGCCUCCCUACGAGCUGCAGGCCAGCCAGGACUGUGAAAAUGGACAGCUGAUAACGGGGGUGCAGCAGGCAGCGGAGCGCCACAACCAGGCCUUCAUGGCCCUGGAGGGACGGCUCCUUAACAAGGACCCUCGCGACCGCCGCGACAAGCCCGGACACUGGUUCGGCACAUCAACGCCCAUCAUCGGCCGGGGAGUGAUGCUAGCGCUGAAGGAAGGACGUGUGGUGGCGGCAGUUAGCUCCAUGGCAACCGACGACAGCCGAAAGGUGUCGCUGGUCCUCAACGGCGCCAUCUACCUGGACGGAACGCACUACACGCAGGAUGGAUGUGACUGUCACUACUUCGUUAAAGUCGGUUCAGCCGAUAGUGAUCUACUGAUACUGGGGCUGACCAGCGGACGCAUGGCGCUGGAGAGCGGGAUCAACGUGACUGUGAGUGGGAGGUCGCGGCGUGGCGCCACAGUGGAGUUUGCAGUGCCGUCGUUAGCCCUCAGCGUGCGGUAUGGGCUAGCGCUGGACGUGGUGGACGAGGAGAGGGUGAGGCUGCUGGAACUUGCCCGGCAGAGGGCCCUGGCUGGGGCCUGGCUGAGGGAGCAGCAGAGGGCCAAGGAUGGGAAGGAGGGGAGCCGGCUGUGGACGGAGGGAGAGAAGCAACAGCUGCUGACCGCGGGGAGGGUACAGGGGUACGAUGGGUAUUAUGUUCUACCUGUGGAACAGUACCCAGAACUGGCUGACAGCAGCACCAACAUCCAGUUCCUGAGACAGAACGAGAUGGGCAAGAGGUAACAGCCCACCUGGACUGGGAUGGAGGACUGGCUGACUCUUUCUCUCUCUCUCACUGACUCUCCUCCUCCCCUUCUCCUCCUCCUCCCUUUCAUUCCCUCGUCCUACUUACUAGUUCCUUCCUCUCUUCGCUCCCACCCCUCCCUGCCUUCUCCUUCUAUCCCCUCCAACCCCGCAGAAAAUUAAAAAAAACAAAUGGGGUUUUCUCACUGAAC